AUGCGCCUCGGAGCCUUUUUUACGUCCGGUCGGGCGGGAAGCCUCCACGUCCCAUCCGGAGCAUUCAGCCGCCCGGCUUUGGCGAGACUGACGCCGCGCGCAGGUUCCGGAGUUGGCAUUAAGCCCCCCUCCCGACCCCUGGUAGCAAGCUCGACACGUUCCAAGACUACAAGGAGCAGCUGGCUCCCAACCACUUCAGCGCUGCCGGACCUGAGCAGCAGCAUGCCUCGUGACAAGCUGGCGAGCGCCUCUGAGUUGUCGGACCCCUCAGAAUCAUUGGGUGGGGAGGGAAAUCUCUGGCGCUUCCUGCAGGCAUGCUGGCUGUACGGAUAUCCCAAUUGUGCCCUCGACGACAUCUUCCAGCGUGCCCUCACGAUAAACAGGACGUCUGCCAAGACCAAGGGCAACUACUGCCCUGUCGAGACGUCCAUACAUACAAAGGGCAGUGACAAGCCUCAGACCGAGGACGGCAUCUGGCUUCCGCUGUACGCCGAUGGCAUGGCAGGAGACGAGGCGAGCCUCCUCCAGACCAGCAUCAGCUACGGCUGCAAGUUGCACAAGCGACGCACCGAGCUGCAGGUAGCUAGGGAUGCGGAAGAAGCUCGUCAGGCUGCCUUGACCGCCGAGGCCAAGAGACGUCUCGCCGCCAAACAAUCCAAGCAAAAGGGCAAGGCAGCGUCGUUUUCAGCAACGCGGGCGAAGAGAUCCAGAGCUCCGCCUCAGCCAGAGGACAUGGACGAGGAGCAGGACGAGCUCGAGUCCGAUAGCAAGGAGGAGGAGGUCGUGCAAGCCGAGACCAAUGCCGAGGAGGCUUUACGCUUGGUCGGACGUCAGGUCAAGCCCGAUACUUGGCGCACCAAGGCAGAGGGAAAGACCUGGAAGCACGUCGCCGAUAACCCUUCGCUGGUCAAGCAUCUGUCCGCCAUCAAGGACGUGCCCAAGGAUGUCUCGUUCACCAACAUUGUGGCGGUCAAGGUCGACCUUGAAGACACCUCUGGCUCGAUCGCUGUGGACCAGGAAGCCGGCCAGGUGGAGCACGACAUCCGGGGCAUCGACGGCGACCUCACCUCGGACGAGGCCGCUGACUCGUUCGCCAUCCCAAGCAAGGCGGCCCUGGCUCAAUACGAGCCAUUCGACCUCACCAAGCUUGGCUACCGUACUCACCCUUUGGACGCCAAGCUAGACAAGGCUCUCCGUCAGCGGCUGACGCUGUCCGAGACGCAGCUUCAGUCAGGCCUAUGGUUCUUUCGGAAGGUGGCCUUCGACAUCCGCAAGACGUCCGCGCUGCGCCAGCAGAUGGAAGCUCUCUCGGACGAGGAGCUGUUCGACCGAAGAGACUGGUCAACCGGAGGCAUUGUGGCCGAUCCACCCGGGCUUGGCAAGACGGUGAUUGCGAUCCUCUUCGCACUCAUCUACCGCAAGCUCAAGGUCUCCAACAAGCCGUGCCUCUUCAUCGUCAAAACCUCGGUCAGCCAGCAGUUUGGCAAGGAGGUCUUCCGUUUCGUGGACGUCACGCUCGGCGACGUGUCGGACGGCGAGCUGCAUUUGCUCAGCCUCACCAAAUCCAACGACAAAGGGAAGCGCGUGCCUCGGGAAUUCAAGGACAACGACCGUACCAUGUGGAAUGCGGACCUCUUGGUCGUGGUGUCCAACAAGAACACGGCCCCAAAGGCCAAGAAGGAUCCUCGCUUGCCCUUCCACACGUCGUGGAAGUAUGGUCUUGUCUGCUACAAUGAGGUGCACGACCUCCCUCAGACCACGGCAGGCACCUUCUCGAUGGAGUACAACGUGCAACGCGAGUUCACCGUUGGCUUCUCGGGCACGCCCAUCCGCAACGUGGAGCACUUCCUCUUUGUGAUGGCGUUCUGCGGACACCCUGCUGCCAAGAUCGGUACGGCGGAAAAGGCUCGAAGCCUUGGCCGAGCGAUCAGCAACAGCAUGACGCUUGAUGAGGCCGACAGGGAGAACGUGGGACGAGUCUUCCGAGACAACAUCCUGCAGUGGACGACGCAGAGAGACGUCUCUCUGAUUGGUCGAGGUGGCGACCUUACGGCACUCGAGACGCUGGUCUCCCGUCUCUACGGCGAGCGCAUGCCCCAGGAGCAGCAUCUGGCUUCCGCGCACGACACGGGUCUCCAGCCUUUCUCGUCCACCACUCCUCCAGCAGCAGAAGGCAUGGCGACGCAGCAGCUGCGUGAUCGACGACCCUGCACACCGGUGCCACCGUCGCCAACGAUCUCGGCGCAUUCGAGCCCACAGCCCCUGCCCCUCGAGCCAUCGACCCUCGAGCCAAUGAUCAUCGACCUGACUCGCAGCCCUAGCCCUCCUGCCGCUGGGACGGAACAAUUGAUUGGAUGGAGUCCCGAAGCUGAUGAGAGUAGAAUAUGUGCUCAGUCUCCGUUCUUGGCCAAUGCAAGAGUGGAGCUCGAGCGACCGUUCUUUGACUAUGUCUGGCCAGGAAUUCUGACGUUGGGUCGUGCUGGCCAAACACCUUCAAGAAGCGUGGCAGCGUCAUCUCGUCUUUGCCGAUGA